ACUUGGGUUGAUCACAUGGCUGGAAUAUUCAUUCCAUUCAUUGUGUUAGACAUGGGAGGUAGUGAAUCAAAACCAGAGGUCGUAUAUCAAGAGCGUGUUGUAUACAGACAACCAAGUCCUCCAAAAACCCCACCGCUGGUCAAUCCAUGGCGAGAUAUGAGAGGCGACUGGACGCAGACAUUCAGUGAAAAAAUCUUGGGCGAGAUACAGAAAAAUGAAACAGGCAGUAAAGACGUUAAGAACCCAGGUCUGUUGCUUCUAGGACCAAUCAAGGCAGGAAAGUCAACAUUUGUCAACUCAAUUUGUAGCAUUGGCAAGGGAAGGCUUGUUAACAAAGCGUACACCGGGGCUGCAGCGAAAAGUUUCACUACUUCAUUUAAAAGGUUUAGAGGAACAGGUUUUCUUCGGAACUUUCGUCUUUGCGACACCAUGGGGGUAGAAGAUGGCGAAAACGAAGGUUUUCAUGUUAGUGACGUAGUGAACCUAAUUGAAGGGCACGUCAAGGAUACUUACCAAGUAUGUUUAUUACAUCAAAUAAAACAUAUAUGACUUAUAUUUAUAGCCAGGAUGAGAAAACAUGUCAUCUUUGUCAUUAUAUUAAUAUUUAGGGCCACUUUACAAGAAAAAACGAUCGCCAUAUGCAAAAAUUGAUAUAUCUUUGGCUGGAAAAUAUUCAUGUUUUCUGUUUUGAUAUAUCAACGCACCCUCUUUGAAAUACAACGCCAUGGAAAAUGUUUCAGGUGUUGACAAAUAAAACCUGAUAU